AUGCCACCAAAUACACAGCCUCAAUUUAUUGUGGCUUUUACGCCGCAGCCUUCCUCCAUAAUUAUCGUUUUCGGGUCCAGGAUCGAACCGUGGCUCACAAAAUCAUUGAAACGUAUCGAACCCAAUAAACCGCUUAAUAGCGUUGCUGAACAUCAAACAUGCUUUAGCAAAAUUUUGUUAUCGCCGAACACCAUUUGGAUCCUGGCAUCCCUAAUGCGAAAAGGUUUAAAAUCCGAAUCGGAUCCCGAGUUUUAUUUUGUUAAUAUUAAAGCAAAUGUUAUUUUUAUCGAUAUCCUAUGCGAUAAAAUUAUAUUUAAAUUAAUUUCGAACACAAUAAACGCCUUAAUUAAAUAUUAUUAA